AAGUCGCAUGUGAUCAUCACGGGCGUGCCUGUCGCGUCGUACAAGCUGCCACUGGAGUGGGUCUCGGAGGGCACGGUCAUCAUCAACGUCGCGUCGCACAAGAACGUGGACGAGGCCGCCCUCAUGCAGAUCCCCGGCGUCAAGUACGUGCCGCUCGUUGGCAAGGUCACAGUUGCGAUGCUCGAGCGCAACCUCAUGCGCCUCUAUGAGAACUUUCACAUGAAGCCCCGCAAGAUGUGGCAGUAA